AGGGUGGUGGCAGCAGCAGAGGCACGGGAGAUUGGUGCGCUUGCGCAGACGGAGCCCAGCUGCGGGCCAGCAGAGCCGCUCCCCAGCGGUACUCUAAUCAGUAAGUCUCAGUGCCUCGUGUACUCUGAUCUCUUCAGCAGAGAAUUUAUAAAUCAGUUGUCCAGUUUGCUGAAAGAAAUAGAAAAUGGCCAAAGUUGAAAAGCUUGCUCUUCAUGUCCCAAGUCUAGAAGAACUUUCUGGGGUCCUGCAGAAUGGGCUUAAAGAGAACUUUGCUGAUGUCCAGGUCUCUGUAGUAGAAUGCCCUGAUCUGACUCGUGAUCCCUUCGACUUUCCUGUUAAAGGAAUCUGUGGGAAGCCUAGAAUAGCAGAUGUGGGAGGUCCUCCUUACCUUGUGCCUCUUGUACAAAAAGAUAAAGUUUAUGACCUGAACACCAUUGCAAAGCAAAUAGAGUUGCCUGGAGCUUUCAUUCUUGGAGCUGGAGCUGUGUCCUCUAGGAUUCUUGGAGUAAAUGCUGAGUUUAUCCCAGUUGCUCAAGCUGAGAGUGAACAAAAGCCUGCUGUAAAUGCGAGUUACACCGCUCGGAUUAAUCCUGCAGAUGGAGGGUGCCUUCUGGAGAAGUACAGCAACAAAUAUAGUGACUGUGAAUUUGGACUGCUGGCCAACCUGUAUGCCAGUCAGGGCCAACCUGGCAAGGUUAUUGAAGUGAAAGCCAAUGGAAGAACUGGACAGCAUAACUUUGUGACCUGUAUGAGACAAAUUAUAGAAAAAUGCUAUGGAGAUAAACCAGUUGGGAUAGGAGGUACAUUUGUCAUUCAAAAGGGGAAAGCAAAGAUUCAUAUUAUGCCCCCAGAAUUUUCUGCCUGUCCUUUAAACACUGAUGAGGAAGUGAAAAAUUGGAUCCGUUUUUUUGAAAUGAAGGCUCCGUUGAUUUGUCAGCCAGUACUAAUUUCAAGAGAUCCAGGGUUUGAUCUGCGAGUGGAGCACACCCAUUGUUUCAGUCACCAUGGUGAAGGAGGACACUACCAUGAGGACACGACACCAGAUAGUGUGCAGUAUCUGGGAUAUUUUUUACCAGCAGAACUUCUCUUUCGUAUUGAUAGACCCAAUGAGUCUCAUAUGGUUUGGAGAGAUUAAAUCCAUGGAUGCACACUUAGUUUUGAGUGUACGGAUAACAAUUAAUUUUUAAAAAUGAAAUAUUGGAUUUGAUCAUUCUUUUAAUUGACAUCAAGCACACAUAUGAAAAGCUGGCAUUUUAUUGCAGUCUUAGCCUUUUUUAAAGAAUGGGACACGGGGCCUCAACCGGAAGAGGCAGGGCCUCUCAAGAUUUAAAGGCUCUGGGGCACCGGCUGUGACUGGGAGCCCCAGGGCCUCUAAACCAACCCGGGACUCCCAGCCUCAGAGGUGGCUGGGAGCCCCCGAGGCUCAGGGGCAAAUUAAAGGGCCUGGGGCUCCAGCCGCUGCAGAGCUCCGGGCCCUUUAAAUCCCUGCCCAAGCCCGGUUGCCGGAGCUGUGGGGAGGGGGGGAUUUAAAGGGCUCGGGGCUCCCCGCAGCCGCAGGGAGCCCCGAGCCCUUUAAAUCCCUGCUGCAGAAGCCAGUGCGGUCCAGCACAGCCUACUGGCUCUUGCCGGUACACCGGACCGGACCGGCUUACUUUCACCUCUGCAAAGAGGGACAUUGUUACUGGUGCUUAUGAGCUAGCUAACUAAUUAACAAGCAUAGGACCAUUUCCAGGGUUUUUGCUUGAUUAUUUUCUCAUACCAGUGUAAAUGAGGAGUAACUUUAUUGAAGUGAGUGGAGUUACAGUGGGCUGACUGAAGGAUCAGGCCCUGUUUGUUUCUAGUUUUGAAUAAGGCUGAAGUACAGGAGCACUUUGUCAGCAUUUUUUUUCUUUACACUCUGAUGAUAUUUGUGUCAUUUGUUCUACAAAUAAAGUUUUACGUAAUUGAUUUGAAACCA